AUGUAUUCAAAGAUAGUAUUGUUUGCCGCGGUGCUGGUUUUCGUCUCAGCUCGCCCUCAAGAUGGACACAAAGAACAGCAUGAUCAUCACGUUGACUACUAUGCUAUUCCCAAAUACACUUACGAAUACAAAGUAGAGGACCCCCACACCCACGACAACAAGUACCAGCACGAGACCCGCGACCACGACGUCGUCAAGGGAGUGUACAGUCUGCACCAGCCCGAUGGUACAGUCAGAAUCGUCCACUACACCGCUGACAAGCACAAUGGAUUCCAAGCCGACGUGAAAUAUGAGGGCCACGCUAAACACAUUGUACCUGAACAUCAUCAUCAUCAUUAG